AUGACUGAUGCUCAACCGUAAGUCUUUCAAAUUUUGUGGUUUUGACAACUUGAAGGCCAACUUGCAAUGCGUCAUUACGAUUUUUUUUUGAAUAAUCGUAAUGAUUAAUAUUUUUGAGGGGAGUAACGCCCUGCGCAUUUAUUAUGAGGAGCUAGAAGUUUUUUGCUAUAUAACUCUAGAUGGGUCAUCUUCCAGACCUACAACCUUCUGCAUAUUUUUAUAAGAAUUUCGCAAGCAUUGGUGAUUCAUUGUAAUCAUCUAGAAUAAGGAAAGUUUCAAAUAAAUGUAACUUGUUAUAUUUCAGAGGAAAUGUGAACUCUACUUCUUUGGCGGAUGACACUGUCAUCGAGUCCAACUGCAAUGAGGUCUACGAAAAGUUCGACCAGAUGAACCUGAAGGAGGACUUGGUACGUGGUAUCUUCUCCUUCGGUUUCGAAGAGCCUUCGGCCAUUCAACAACGUGCUAUUGUUCCUUGUUGCACCGGCCGGGAUGUGAUUGCCCAGGCCCAAUCUGGUACUGGUAAGACCGCCACUUUCUCCAUCUCUGUUCUCCAACGUGUGGAUGAGAAGAAAGAGAGAGUGCAGGCCUUGAUCAUGGCCCCAACUCGAGAGUUGGCCCAGCAAAUCCAAAUCGUCAUCCGCGCUUUAGGAGAUUAUCUGAAGGUCAAGGUUCAUGCCUGCAUUGGUGGAACCAAUGUGAGGGAUGAUGCAAGAAAAUUGGAGAGUGGAGUCCAAAUCGUCGUCGGAACCCCUGGCCGUGUCGCCGAUUUGAUCACCCGUGGAGCUCUGAGUAAGUUUUUUUUUCUUUUCCUUGUUGAAGUUUUAGACCUUCUAAGGAUUAACGUUUUUAUUUUAGAGACCGACGAUAUCUUAAUGUUCGUCCUUGAUGAGGCCGAUGAGAUGUUGUCUCGUGGAUUCAAAGACCAAAUCUAUGAUGUCUUCAAGUCUAUGCCAACCACUGUUCAGUCCGUGCUGUUGUCCGCCACUAUGCCCAGUGAUGUCUUGGAGGUCACCAAGUGCUUCAUGAGGGACCCAAUCAGGAUUUUGAUCAAGAAAGAGGAACUUACCCUUGAAGGUAUUCGUCAAUUCUACAUCAGAAUCGAUAAGGAAGAGUGGAAGUUUGAUACUCUGUGCGAUUUGUAUGAUACAGUCAACAUUACCCAGGCUGUUAUCUUCUGUAACACUCGUCGAAAGGUCGAAGAAUUGACCCGGAUGAUGGAAGGAAAGAAGUUCACCGUCUCGUGCAUGGUAAGCUAGGGAAAGUUAUAGGGUUUCCAACGUUUUACAGCAGGUUUUUAUGGAUUGUUUUUCAGCAUGGAGAUAUGGAACAGUCUGAUCGUGAUGUUAUCAUGAGGGAAUUCCGUUCCGGCUCAUCGAGAGUCUUGAUCUCCACUGACUUGUUGGCUCGUGGUAUCGACGUACAGCAGGUCUCUGUCGUCAUCAACUACGAUUUGCCCGCCAACCGAGAGAACUACAUUCACCGGUAAGUAUUUUACUGAUGUAUAAAGUUUUUAGUAUCGGUCGUUCUGGGCGUUUCGGACGUAAGGGAGUUGCCAUCAACUUUGCCACAGCCAAGGAUCACAAUCUCAUCAAGGAAAUCGAGUCUUACUACAACACCGAAAUCGAUGAGAUGCCCCAGAACAUCUCCAACUACUUCUGA